UGUCACAUACAUUUGUGGCGACACAACACGCUGUGUAGGUUACGUCGUACAAAAAUACAUGUAACAACCAAUUAAACGCUUUGUAAAUAUAAUUAAGUGUUUGUGAAGAUUAUCGCGUUAAUUAUUAUGCGUUAAAUAAUUUAUGAGCGGCCACCGCAGUUUGAGGUUAGUUGCCGAUCGGGUUCGGUUGACAGAUGUCAUUCGUUGGCACCUUGGCGGGAUUUUUUGAUUUAGCUCGUUGCAGUGAGUGAAGCAGUGAUGUGAUAACUUUAUAUUUUAUUUAUUAUAUGUUGACGUUUAUUUUAUUCGUUAUUGUUCUCGUUUUUGUUUUAUUUAAGUUUUUUGGGGAAGCACAGGAAUUAGAUAAUAAGAUGUCUGAGCAGCAGGAACAGACCCGCUGUUCGUCCAGUGAAAGUGAUAACUUUGAAAAAAUCGACUCGGAAGAGGCAAAGGAAAAUGACGGGAGCCCAAACUUCGUGGUCGGGGAAGAGGUGGAACAAGAGACUCCUGAUGAGGGACCAGCUCAUGAAGGAAGGGACGCCUUCCCUAAUGCACCACCGCCAAAUAUACGGCGACCGCUGACGGUGGCGCAACAGCUCGCUCUAGCGGAGAAAAGGAGUAAACUAAGGCCGUCCAUGUCCCAGGGUACCGUGAUACACAGCCAGCGGUUCCAAGAGAAAGACUUCACUGUUGCGACUCCUGAGGAAUUUGUGAGGAGGUUCCAGGGCACCAAGCCGAUUAAUAAAGUGCUGAUCGCGAACAACGGUAUCGGUGCAGUAAAAUGCAUGCGAUCUAUAAGAAGAUGGUCUUACGAGAUGUUCAAGAACGAAAGGGCUGUGAGAUUCGUCGUUAUGGUGACCCCGGAAGAUCUGAAAGCGAACGCCGAGUACAUAAAGAUGGCGGACCACUACGUGCCGGUCCCCGGUGGGUCGAACAACAAUAACUACGCGAAUGUCGAGCUUAUCGUCGAUAUUGCAAUUAGGACUCAAGUCCAGGCGGUAUGGGCCGGUUGGGGUCACGCCUCCGAGAACCCCAAGCUGCCGGAACUGCUCCAUAGAGCUGGCGUGGUCUUCAUAGGACCCCCGGAGAAGGCUAUGUGGGCUCUCGGAGACAAGAUCGCUUCGUCCAUAGUCGCUCAGACAGCUGAUAUACCUACCUUGCCUUGGAGUGGCAGCGAGUUGAAAGCCGAGUACAACAGUAAGAAGAUCAAGAUAUCUUCUGAACUCUUCGCGAGAGGAUGUGUUACCACACCAGAGCAAGGUCUCCAAGCUGCGCAGAAGAUUGGGUUCCCUGUGAUGAUCAAAGCUUCAGAGGGUGGCGGCGGUAAAGGUAUCCGUAAGGUGGAGAACCCGGAUGACUUCAGCAACAUGUUUAGACAGGUCCAAGCUGAAGUCCCAGGGUCCCCUAUAUUCGUGAUGAAGCUCGCCAAGUCCGCUCGCCACUUGGAGGUCCAACUCAUAGCCGAUCAGUACGGUAACGCUAUCUCCCUCUUCGGUCGCGACUGCUCCAUCCAGCGUCGUCAUCAGAAGAUCAUCGAGGAGGCUCCCGCCGCCAUCGCGAAGCCCGAAGUCUUCAUCGAAAUGGAAAAGGCCGCAGUCCGCCUGGCUAAGAUGGUGGGCUACGUGUCGGCGGGCACGGUGGAGUACCUGUACGAGCCGGCCACCGGCGCCUACUACUUCCUGGAGCUGAACCCGCGCCUGCAGGUGGAGCACCCCUGCACCGAGAUGGUGGCGGACGUCAACCUGCCCGCCGCGCAGCUGCAGAUCGCGAUGGGCCUGCCCCUGUACCACGUGAAGGACAUCCGCCUCCUGUACGGCGAGUCCCCGUGGGGCCUCUCGCAGAUCGAGUUCGACGAGCCCAAGCAGCGGCCCUCGCCCUGGGGACACGUCAUCGCCGCCAGGAUCACCUCCGAGAACCCCGAUGAAGGGUUCAAGCCAUCAUCAGGUACAGUCCAGGAGUUGAACUUCAGGUCCUCGAAGAACGUGUGGGGAUACUUCAGUGUGGCCGCUUCGGGAGGUCUUCACGAGUUCGCCGACUCGCAGUUCGGGCACUGCUUCUCCUGGGGCGAGACCAGGGAACAGGCUAGGGAGAACCUGGUCAUAGCCCUCAAGGAGUUGAGCAUCCGCGGCGACUUCCGCACCACAGUGGAGUACCUGAUCACCCUGCUGGAGACCGGCGCCUUCCAGAACAAUGAUAUAGACACCAGCUGGCUGGACGCGCUCAUUGCUGAGAGGGUCCAAUCCGAGAAGCCGGAUAUAAUGCUGGGCGUGAUCUGCGGCUCCAUCCUCAUAGCGGACAGCAUCAUCACCGCGCACUUCCAGGAGUUCAAGAGUGGGCUCGAGAAGGGUCAAAUCCAAGGCUCGAGUCAGCUAUCCAACUGCGUGGAAGUCGAGCUCAUCCACAGCGGGUCCAAGUACAAGGUGGCGGCGACCCGCUCCGGACCCACUUCCUACUUCCUCGCGAUGAACGGCAGCUUCAAGGAGAUGGAGGUCCACAAACUGACUGACGGUGGUACUCUACUAUCGAUCGACGGCGCGUCCUACACGACAUACCUGAAAGAUGAAGUCGACAAAUACAGAAUCGUAAUCGGUAAUCAAACUGUAGUGUUUGAUAAGGAGAAGGAUCCCUCUAAGUUGAGGGCGCCCUCUGCCGGCAAGCUGAUCAACACGCUAGUCGAGGACGGUGGACAUGUUGAUAAGGGACAGCCCUAUGCUGAAAUCGAGGUGAUGAAGAUGGUGAUGACGCUGUCAGCCCCGGAGUCUGGAAAGGUGACGUGGAACCUGAGACCUGGUGCGGUACUGGACAUGGGAUCCCUCAUGGGUACCCUGGAACUCGACGACCCAUCACUAGUGACGACGGCGCAGCCCUACAAGGGCCAGUUCCCGAUUGAAGACAACCAACAGCUCUCCGAGAAACUCAACCACGCUCACAACAAAUACAGGGCUGUGUUGGAGAAUACCUUACAAGGUUACUGCUUGCCCGAGCCGUACAACACUCCUCGUCUACGCGAAGUCGUUGAGAAGUUCAUGCAGAGUCUGAGGGACCCCUCGCUGCCUCUGCUGGAGUUACAGGAAGUCCUGUCCUCGACUUCGGGCCGUAUCCCUAUCGCCGUUGAGAAGAAGGUUCGCAAGCUGAUGGCCCUUUACGAGAGGAACAUUACCAGCGUCCUGGCGCAGUUCCCCAGCCAGCAGAUAGCUAGCGUCAUUGAUCACCAUGCAGCCUCUUUAGCUAAGAGAGCGGACAGAGAUGUGUUCUUCAUGAGCACUCAGGCGCUUGUACUGUUGGUGCAGAGAUACAGGAAUGGUAUCCGCGGCAGGAUGAAGGCGGCCGUCCACGAUCUGUUGAAGCAAUACUACCAAGUCGAGAGCCACUUCCAAUUGGGAUCAUACGACAAAUGCGUUGUGGCUCUUCGAGAACGCUACAAGGACGAUAUGCAGAUGGUUUCCAACAUCAUAUUCUCACACAACCAAGUCGCUAAGAAGAACUUAUUGGUUACCCUUCUAAUUGAUCACCUGUGGUCGAACGAGCCCGGUCUGACUGAUGAGUUGGCGACUACCCUCAACGAGCUCACCUCUCUGCACAGAGCCGAGCAUAGCCGCGUGGCGUUAAGAGCGAGACAGGUCCUCAUCGCCGCCCACCAGCCCGCCUACGAGCUCCGCCACAACCAGAUGGAGUCCAUCUUCCUCUCCGCCGUGGACAUGUACGGGCACGACUUCCAUCCCGAGAACCUUCAGAAGCUGAUCCUCUCGGAGACCUCCAUAUUCGAUAUACUUCAUGACUUCUUCUAUCACACCAACGCCGCGGUUGGUAACGCAGCUCUCGAAGUAUACGUCCGCCGCGCGUACACCUCGUACGACAUCACGUGUCUCCAGCACCUCGCGCUGUCCGGCGAGCUCGGAGUUGUGCACUUCCAGUUUAUACUGCCCACCGGACACCCUAACAGAAUCCCAAUCAGCCAAUCAGAGAUCGAGCUGGCCUCAGCCCAGGACCAGGAGGGCAUACCGGCGGAGCUGUGCACGGCGGCCAUGAGGAAGUGCCACCACCGCACCGGGGCCCUCGCCGCCUUCGAGAGCUUCGACCAGUUCGUGCAGUACGCUGAUGAGUUACUGGACCUGGUGCACGACUUCGCCAGCUCGGCGACUGUCAGGAGAGAGGAUCUGGCUGCACUACAAGAAGGCAGCGAGAGUCGUGACAGCACCAGCAUCAACGUCGGAUCUGACUUCAAGCCUAUCGAUGCUGAUAAUGAGGCCUUAUUGGAACCGAUCCACAUUCUGAUGAUCGGCGUCCGUGACUCCGGCGAGAGCGACGACAGCGCCGUGUCGCGCCGCUUCGGGAACUUCUGUCGCGCGCACAGGCACGAGCUGCACCAGAAGAGGAUCAGGAGGAUCACCUUCAUGCUGCUCAUCAAACGCCAGUUCCCCAAGUUCUUCACUUACCGUGCUCGGAACGACUUCACCGAGGACACCAUCUACCGCCACCUGGAACCGGCUUCAGCCUUCCAGCUGGAGCUGUACCGCAUGAGGAGCUACGAGCUGGAGGCCCUGCCCACCAGCAACCAGAAGAUGCACCUGUAUCUGGGCAAGGCUAAGGUGAAGAAGGGUCAAGAAGUGACAGACUACCGUUUCUUCAUCCGCUCCAUCAUCAGACACCAGGACCUCAUCACCAAGGAGGCCAGCUUCGAAUAUCUGCAGAACGAGGGAGAAAGGGUACUUCUAGAGGCCAUGGAUGAGCUGGAGGUGGCCUUCUCGCAUCCUCUGGCGAAGAGGACGGACUGCAACCACAUCUUCUUGAACUUCGGACCCACUGUCAUUAUGGAUCCCGCUAAGAUUGAAGAAUCCGUCCUGGGCAUGGUGAUGCGGUACGGUCCUCGUCUCUGGAAGCUGAGGGUGCUGCAGGCUGAGAUCAGGUUCACGUUGAGAAUCGCUCAACCGAGGCGUGGUCGUGAUCCAAACAGCAACAUGAAUGAAAGUCCCGGUGCGCCUACUAAGAACGUCAGACUCUGUCUGUCAAACGGAUCGGGAUACUCCCUGGACAUCUACUCGUAUGAGGAGGUGUCGGACCCAAGGAUUGGUGUGAUAAUGUUCCAGUCGUUUGGCCCCCGCCAGGGUCCUAUGCAUGGUCUCCCGAUAUCCACGCCCUAUGUUACUAAGGAUUACCUGCAGCAGAAGCGAUUCUUGGCGACAUCACAAGGAACGACAUACGUGUACGACAUCCCGGACAUGUUCAGACAGAUGGUGGAGAGGAGGUGGCGCGAGUGUAUCGAGGAGGGGAGCGUCGAUGGACCUCAGCCAGAUAAUGUGAUGACUCUAGUGGAGUUGGUGGUCGAGCCGGAUGGUGAGAGAAGAGUGGUCGAGGUCACCAGGUUACCCGGACAGAAUAAUGUCGGUAUGGUAGCGUGGCGUCUAACCCUCUACACGCCGGAGUGCCCCGACGGGCGCGACAUCGUGCUCAUCGCAAACGAUCUCACAUACUACAUGGGAUCGUUUGGACCCCAAGAGGAUUGGGUCUACUUUAAGGCGUCCCAAUACGCUAGGGAACUCAAGAUACCGAGGAUUUACAUAAGUGUAAACUCGGGUGCCCGUAUCGGGGUCGCCGAGGAGGUCAAAUCGGACUUCAACGUGGCCUGGCUGGACGCAGAAAGGCCGGAGAGAGGCUUCAAGUACCUGUACCUGACCCCCGAAGUGUACUCCAAGCUGGGGGCCCUGGGUUCCGUCAAGACCGAGCUGAUUGAGGAUGAAGGAGAGUCCCGGUAUAGGAUCACCGAUAUUAUUGGCAAAGAAGACGGCCUGGGUGUGGAGUGUCUCCGCGACGCCGGUCUGAUCGCCGGGGAGACCGCGCAGGCCUACGAGGAUAUUGUCACCAUAUCCAUUGUCACGUGCCGGGCCAUCGGUAUCGGAUCCUACAUAGUCAGAUUGGGGCACCGAGUGAUUCAAGUAGAAUCAUCGUACAUCAUCCUCACUGGCUACGCCGCCCUCAACAAGGUGCUAGGGCGGGCGGUGUACGCCAGCAACAACCAGUUGGGCGGAGUGCAGGUCAUGCAUCAUAAUGGAGUGUCGCAUGCCGUCGCACCUUCGGAUCUGGAAGCUGUGAGGACUGCCCUGCGAUGGCUGGCAUUCGUGCCUAAGGACAAGUUAAGCACGGUCCCGAUCCUCCGCGUGUCGGACCCGGUGGACCGGCCCGUGGAGUGGAAGCCGCCCCGCGCCGCGCACGACCCCCGCCUCAUGCUGGCCGGGGACGCCGCGAGGGCGGGAUUCUUCGACGUCGGCAGCUUCGACGAGAUCAUGCAGCCAUGGGCUCAGACUGUCAUUACUGGCCGCGCCCGCCUCGGCGGUAUCCCAGUGGGAGUCAUCGCCGUGGAGACCAGGACUGUCGAGCUGACCCAACCAGCUGACCCUGCCAACCUGGACUCCGAAGCCAAGACCUUGCAGCAGGCUGGACAGGUAUGGUUCCCCGACUCCGCCUACAAGACCGCUCAGGCCAUCAACGACUUCUCCCGCGAGAACCUGCCCAUCAUGAUCUUCGCGAACUGGCGUGGAUUCAGCGGUGGACAGAAAGACAUGUACGAACAGAUCCUGAAGUUCGGCGCGGAGAUAGUGCGGGCCCUGCGCGGGGCCACGGCCCCCGUGCUGGUGUACAUCCCGCCCGGGGCCGAGCUGCGCGGCGGGGCCUGGGCCGUGGUCGACCCCAGCGUCAACAGCCUGAGGAUGGAGAUGUACGCCGACCCUGAGGCCAGGGGUGGAGUACUAGAAGCCGAGGGUAUCGUGGAGGUGAAGUUCAAGCAGCGCGACAUCCUCAAGACGAUGCACCGCCUCGACCCUGAACUGCUGAGGACAGGAGCCAGGAUCUCAGAACUUAAGGAACAAAUCAAAGAGAUCUCGAAGGGUCUGGACCGCAGGGGGUCUGUGGACGAGAGCCUCAUCAGAACGGACGCUGGUAGAGCAGCUGAAACAAGAGUACGUGAAUUAGAAACUGAACUGCUAGCUGCGGAGAAGACAGCGAAGGCUCGUGAGAAGGAACUCAGCCCUAUAUACCAUGAGAUCGCCGUCCAAUUCGCGGAACUACACGAUACAGCCGAGCGAAUGUUAGAAAAAGGAUGUAUAUUUGAAAUCAUCCCCUGGCGUGACUCUCGUCGCUUGUUCUACUGGCGCCUGAAGCGCUUGUUGCGUCAGAACGAGCAGGAGCGGCGCGUGCAGGCGGCCGUCAAGCCGGCCGACAACAUGCAGCAGGGACCCGCCGCCGCCACGCUCAGGAGGUGGUUCACCGAGGACAGGGGCGAGACACAGUCCCACCAGUGGGAGCACGACAACGAGGCUGUCUGCAAGUGGCUGGAGGCGCAGGCGGGCGACGACAACUCCGUGCUGGAGAGGAACCUGCGCGCCAUACACCAGGACGCGCUCAUGCAGGCCGUCAACAACCUCGUGCUGGAACUCACACCAUCGCAGCGUUCGGAAUUCAUAAGAAAGCUAUCGGCGUUAGAAAUGGAACAGUGAUUUAGUUAAUUUAUUAUAAUAGGACGAACAAAUUACAUAGGGUACAUAUUUAUAUACGGGGCUAGUAGAUACGUUUAUGUUGCUGCGGAAUUAUAUUAUGCCCACUGUUGGGCAAAAUAAAGUACCAGCAGUUACACAGUUGACAUUGUUGCCCAAUGCUGGGCAAGAGAAUCCUAGUUAUUAGUGAUCGAUACCAAUAACUAAUAAGUUAUUCGCGAAAGAUAUAAAGUACCUAUAUCCAAAACAGUACCCGAAAGCGGUAUAAAAAUAUCCGAGUCCAAUCUAUCCUUAUGCCAAAUUUCAUCGAAUUCAAUCCAGCAGUUUACCCUUAUAAGCGUAACAAACAGUUCUUAAAUUGUUUAAUACUCAAAUCUGUUAAUAAUAUAAUUUUGCAGUAACAUAAACAAGCAAUCUUAUUUUAAGGUACAGAAUUAAAUUAUAUUUUAGGUUUUUUUCAAACAAAUACCAAAUAACUGAAUUUAUUUAUGUUAACUUGUUACAACACGUCGUCUGUUUAUUUAAAAUACCUGGAUACAAUAAAAAUAUGGGUCAAGUGUUAGUCGGAGUGAAUACACUGUGGGUUCCGUA